AUGUAUUGCAGCUGGGUAGACUUUUCACCAGUCACUUUUGUCAACUGGGCACCAGGAGAGCCCAAUGACGCUAAUGGAGAAGAGCAGUGUGUUCAAAUGAGCCAGCACGCAGGAACGUGGUAUGACAUGAACUGUGGCAAAAUGUCAGCAGGGUAUGUGUGUAAGAAAUAUCCAGGAGAUAGUCAUACUGCUCCCCCUCCUACUCAGCCAUGGAUUGGACAUUGCCCACAAGACUGGCUGCUCUUUGGGAAUAAAUGUUUCCUAUUUAAAGGAAGACAUGAUGGGAAGGAUGAAUUCCAUGCUAACUGGACCUUUGCUCAGACAUGGUGUAGAGCCCAGGGAGGAGACCUGGCUGUCAUUGAUAACCAAUAUGAGAAUGAUUUUGUUGCAAGCUACUUGGAGGAUAUCCAAGCCCCUGUGUGGAUUGGCCUGUCUGAUGUUCUCCAUGAGGGGAAAUUCACUUGGAGUGAUGGAAGCCAGGUGCUCUACACCAACUGGAACGCUGGGGAGCCCAAUAACUUUGGAAACUCAGGGGAACACUGUACCAUGAUUGCACAUAGCCACAGGGAAACAGGGCGCUGGAAUGAUGGAGGAUGCCAGUCUAAGUUAGGAUUUGUCUGCUACAGGAAAAAAUCAAACAGCAUACCGCCACCGCCCCCCACAAAGAGCCCAUGCCCGCAGGCUUACACCUCUUGGAAGAAGAACUGCUACAAGCUGGUGGCAGAACCUGAGCUGCAGGCCACCUGGCAGGAAGCUCAGGCUGCCUGUGAGAAGGAGAAGGGCAGCCUGGCCAGCAUCGACCACAGUUAUGAACAAAACUUUGUGGCUGGGGUUGUCCUUCAGGGGAGAGUUGAUGCGUGGAUCGGACUCAGACGCCAAGGGAAUGGCUCUUACACCUGGGUGGAUGGUUGGCCGGUUUUCUAUACACACUGGGGUCCAGGGGAGCCCACCAAUCACAAGGAAGAGGGCUGUGUGACAAUGCACAGCCCACCACUGUUCCAUGGCACCUGGAACGACACCUCCUGUAGCCAAAAGCAAGCUUACAUCUGCAAAAUUACCUCAGAGAAGCCUCCCCCCACUCCAGCACCAGGAGAUGGCAUGUGCCGACAGGGUUGGCACACCUAUGGGCGUUACUGCUAUGUUGUUGUCAGUGAGAAGAAGGGUUUCUCCUGGCCGGAUUCAAGACAUUACUGCCAGAUGGCAAGCGCGGAGCUUGCCUCCAUCCACAGCCGAGCAGAAGUAGAGUUCUUAAUGAAGCUUAACUACACCAAGCACCACAACCUCUGGAUCGGACUGACCAAGGAUAGCUCAUAUGGAUGGGCUUGGACAGACAAGUCAUCUUUUGGUUUUGUGAACUGGGCCCUGGGAGAACCCAAUGAGAUAUUCCAUCCUGGAGGAGGUGCUGAGAAGUGCGUGGAGAUGUACAUUCAGGAUGGGAAGUGGAAUGACAACAGCUGCCUGGAGAAGAGAGGAUUCAUCUGCCGCCACCGCCAGUACUACCAAACUGACGGAAAUGGUGGCAUUAUAAUCCCUACUGACUCCCCAGGAAGCAGGCCUGAUGCUGGACUGAUUGUUGGCGUCUUGAUUGGUGUUCUCUUGAUCUGUGCGAUAGCUGGCCUUUCCUACUAUUUCUUCAAAAUGCGUGGGGUGAAAAUCACUGAUUUUAAGAUUAAUGCGUCCACUUUCAACAACCCUAAUUUCAACGGAGCAUCGGAAGCAUAAUCCUUCAGUCAUCAUCAAUGGUAUCAGCCAUGAGAAGAAUCAACGCUGUAAAUAAAUACUGAAGUUCAGCUCGUCAGACUGAGCGGCUUCUUCAAAUGACUGACUAAUAAGCUACAAGUCCGAAAGAUUAUUAUAAAAUUAACUUUGUCUUCUAACAAUGUGCAGUAACACUGAUUUGACUUUCAAUUUAGAGGAAAUAAUGUACAAAGUCAUACUAUAGUCUUCUGCCAGCUGUUAAUGAAUGUAUUUUACAUUGUGUGUUUUGUAUUUGGAGAUAAAAUAUAAUUUCAUAAUGCGGGUGAACAUGUGUAAUCUUAUACUGGUACAAAUAAACCUUUACAUUUGUAUGCAGAGUCAUUUUUGUAAUUUAUUUACAUGAUGUUAAACUUCUGGAGUGUUGAAUUCUACUUCUAUUAGCUUGUGGCUCUUAAAUGUACGGCAAAAAGAAAUGCACCAAUACAAUGACCCACAAAUGUACUUGUGGAGUUAAAAAGCAUUGAAGUACAAGUGACCAUCCCUUGACUCUCACUACUUACUGCAUAUCACGGUUUACUGUGUAUUGUAGUGUGCUGUUGAAAAUUUAAUUUAAAACACAACUUCAAUUGGUUUGACUUUUUUCUUUCCCACCGUUAAAUCAUCUCAGCAAAUGCUAGCCAUUUGCAGUCCUUCCCACAUGUACCGAAUCGUGAAAACACCUCCUUUCAGAGUGUCUUAUAGGCCCACUGCAGUUUGGCAGUUGCGUGAUGAACAGUACCACAGGCUACAAAUCAUGUAACCUGAUUGUCAGGAUAAACAUAAGGCAGGCGGUUAUCUAGCAUGAGCUCGAAGUAGAGUUCUGACAGAAGAGGCAUAUAUUUAUAUAUCAAGAACAUUAGAUUAACCUGCAUGUUAACGAUAAGUAAAAGACUGUUUAGAUUGUUUUAGGAUAAGUCAAUCAGUGUAUUAUUUCCAAGCAGGGCUCAAUAAAACCAGACCUCUGCAGGCACCACUUGACACAGCAUCAAUUAAAUCAGUCCCAUUGUUAUCAAAAAAAGUUUAAUUUACAUUGGCUAUGAGUAGGAUGUUUUUUUUUUUUUUUUUUGCAUUACUAUAUAGGAGUAUACUGAACAUGCUCAGACCCAUCCCAGAAUAGAAACACAGAUGUGGAUAUACAAUCAUUACUUGCAUUUGCUCACAAAGUAAUAUUUACUACUAGGUUUCAAUACGGUUUUACCAUUUUUUUUUUUUUUUUUAAAUAAGCAAAAUGUUCUCUCUGUGUCUUUGGGCAGAAUGUAUAUCUCUUUAGAUUUCAGUCUUAUUGCUGCAGUCAGGCUUCAUUUUUGUGAAAAACAUUCAGCUUCCAAAGGUUAUAUUUGGGUCAAUAUUUUGGCUAAUGAUGAACAUCCCUGCUAGGUUGCAUAUUAUCUGCAUAAGAGACUACACAGGUCAAUGAUCCUCUCAAAGCAGUAAACAAGGAUGUGUAAAAUAAAUACUUUAACAACCUUUUUUUAUCUUUAUGUGAGCUUUUAUUAUAUUGCAGAGAGAGUACAGAGGUUUUUUUUUUUUUAUGAAGGCUCAGUAAUACGGUGAUAAUGGAUGUGCUGUGGUAUUAUUUCGAGAGAUGUGAUAAGAUAGAGAGUCAGGCACAGAAUCCUCAACUGCCUAUUGCUUAAGUAACUACAAGAAUGCAGGGUCAUGGACAGAUAAACCAGCAAAAGGUUGCCUCCCCAGAUUCUGCUACUCUUGAGGUUAAUGGGAGUUAACAAAAAGCUGACUGUUAAACAAAACUUUAGUGACACAGUGCCACCUGGUGGACAAAGAACAAAUUACUUUUAAAUUGUUCUAUUAUCGGAUCCUCCUUGUCGAGCACUAGCGACGAAUACGUAGUUUUAAAGCAUAUUUUGACUAAUGCAGUUCACAAAAAACUUGUUUAUUUUUUCUAUUUGUCACAUGUGGGACAAUGACUGCUGGCACUCGGAAUCCAAUGUUAUUUCCCUCCAAAAAAGUGAAGCAAAAUGAUUUUGAAUGUGUCAACUUUAAUGUUUACAUUGUAUAAUUUUGUUUACAUUUAGGUCUGGUCAACAGGGUGGAAUUUUACAGGUCGAACCAUCUACCAGAAUGCAUUUACAGCAGUUCAUCUUCAUUUAUAGACAUUGAACAAAUGCUCUCCGGGCACAGCUUCUUUGAAAAGAAAAGAAAAUCUACAGCAAAUUUUCAAAGUAAAAGAGUCAAAUCAGUCUUUCUACAUAUGUGUACAAGACGGCUCGAAAUAGUAUUCACACAAGUUCUUGAAUGCAAUUUCCUGAAAGUAGCAAAAAUAAAACUUAUUUGCACAUUUUCCCCACUAUGUAAAAAAAGUAACUGUGUGACACUGAAAGCCCUUUUACAUGUGUGUGCAUGUCCCUAUGUAUGUGUACAAAAGCAUUUAAAUUUAUAUCCCCAUAGAGAUACCUGCAAAUACACAAAAAGUACUUCAUAUUACUUAAAAAUGGAUUAUUACUUCAUGUCAACUACGGUUUACCAAAUGAUGAGGGUGUGGAUAAAACCUGUACAAUAACUAGCAAGAAAGAGAGACUUGCUUUGUCUUGUCCCAACUUCAGAAUCUUGAGUGUUGUGCACAUAUAAAGGCUGGUCUAUAAAAGCCAAGAAGUGUGUUUGCCAUCAAAUAAAUGAGCAACUAAUGCACAAAAGCAAAACACUGGAAUACACUAACUAGAAGAAUCCAAGAAUUUGCAAUUAAAAAGAAAAUGCAAUCAAAAUAAAUGCCGUCAAAUAUGUGAACACCAUUUCAUACCAUACAGUGCCAUUCCGUAAAAAUAUAUACCAUGAAAACAAUUAUAUUUCUGUCUUUCGUGUUUCAAUAUUCAUGAAGCACUUUUUGUUUAAAAAAAAAAACCAAACCAAAAAAAAGAGACCCCCACUUCCCCCUAAACUCUGUGAAAAUUUUAGAUUCUUAUUAAAAUGAAGCCUCAGCACGAAUGAGUAAUUAGUUCAAAUCAGGAGCUUUAAUACAGAGCUUGCACGCUACAUACGCUUUACUGGCGUGCUGAAGCCUUUUGGGCAUUAGACUAAUUUUUAAGUAAACUUAAUGAAAACCCAUCAAUUUUAUAUGAUAAAAAAGACUUAAGUUCAUAAAUACAUACAAUACUUCCUGCUCAGAAUACCUCAGCUGUUUGCAAAAUAUAAACAAAGCGAGAUUAGUUUUAAAAAAAAAAAAAGGACUUGGUCUGAGGUCUUACUAAUUAAUGUCAGGAGAUAGAAGGUUAAAAUACUGUUUUAAUAAUUCAGAAAGUGCAACAGAUUAAAACAAACAAAAAAAAGUGAUAAGGACCAGGUAGUAAUCAAUGCUUUACAUUCUAUUGGAAACUAAGGGCAAGACAACCAGGAUUAGUACUGGACUGGAGAACAAAAAAAUAUAUAAUAUGUAGCUACUAUAAAGAAUAUAUUGACAAUUCUAAAUAAAUAAUGAAUGAAAAAUUCUGUUUGAUCAACAAAAAAAGACAAUAUAU